ACGCCUUCUUGUACGCCCCCCUGCCCUCCCUGGCCAUCGAUCUCCCCUCCUCAGCUCGCCAUUGACAAUCUGACAUGCGCCACAACCGUCUCGCGCAUGAUGGAGUCAUACGUGGCCGCGGGCCUCAAGCGGAAGGAUGCUCAUGGCGCGCCGGCCGAGCGCCCAGCCGGAGCUGCCAACACCAUCAGCCGGGCCGGAGGUCCCGGCCGUGGUGCUGGGCUACGACGACGGCGGCGGGACGGCCGGCGCGGAGGAGCGGCGUGUGGUGGACGAGAUGGACUUCUUCAAGACGGAGAAGAUGGAGAAGAAGGAGGCCGCCGCCAGCGGGCCCGUUGAUCUCAGCAUCAAGGAAGAUGACCUCACCAUCAACAUGGGGCUGCACGUCGGCAGGAGGAAAAGCGGGAGCGAGGAAUCCAUUGUUGACGAUGGCGUGCACUCCAACGAGGGAGAUCACAGGGAAACCAAAGCUGAGCUGGUGUUGGCCAAAUCCGAGCUUGUGCGCCUGAACGAAGAGAACAAGCGGCUCAAGAGCAAGCUGAGCGCAACGUGACCACGAAUUACAACUCCCUCCCUCACACUGAUGCAGCAAAGGAACCAUAAAGGCCUUGGCGCUCCAAGCCACGAGCUUAAUGGUGAUCCGGAGAAGAAAGACCAGGAGGGGAGCCUGCUCCCGCGGCAGUUCAUCCGUUGCCGUGGGCGUGGACGUGCGCGGCAGCGACUGCGCGCCGUCGCCUAGCAACCUGGACACGGCCGUGA